CCACCCAUGUCAUGUCGGCUGACAAUUGCAGCCCCCGUGAUUCGACUAACGAGGAAAUGGCCAAUGGUAACGCCUCUUGUGCUACAUUGGGCAGAUGAACAGGCACUCGUGUCUCUCCAAUUCAACCUCCUCGACAGUUCGUCAGAUUAUCGGAACACAUCGGCAUGAUAGUCCAUACUUCGGCCAAAAAUGGAACCAGGAGUUUGUAAUGUCUGCAGGGACAUUCCAGCGUCCUUCUGGCUUACACCAGAGCGAGAGCGCCGUAUCCAGUUACCCAAUAUCGAAGAUGUGGAAGCAGAAGCCGAGAAAGGAUGCUCCUUUUGCAAAAUCUUGGUGUUGGUCAAGAAAGCACAUACAGUCAAAUUUGAAGAGAUGCUAAGAUUGCCGCCUCAAAUGUACGUUAAGAUCAGGGCACCUGAGCACACUCUCAUGAACCACGUCAAAUUAUACGUCAGGUUUUCGGAGUCUCAGUCCCGUCCUUCUUACACUUAUUGUCGCAUAUUUCUCUAUUCAUGUCAGAAGCUGUUACAAGAUGGCAGAUCUUCGCCAGACUUAGGAUACUCGUUAAAAGAGGUUGAAAGAACAGAUAUAGGAUCGGGCAAUCUUACACAUGACCUCGCGAAGCCAAUUGAGCAACUUCAAAACACAGAAACUCUUAAACGUAUUGAAAGGGUUACUCAUUCAAGCGAUGCAAUGGAGUACAAUCUGGAGCUUAUGAGGAUGUGGAUCGAAGAAUGCGAAAGGAGCCAUGACGAACUUUGCCGCGUCGCCCAAGACUUCCUGCCUACGAGGCUGCUCGAUCUUAAAGCAUUCAGAGACGAUAUCAAACUGGUCCAUAUACGUCCAAACGAAUUUAAUGACAAGGACCAACUACCAUCGUAUUUGGCCUUGAGCCAUUGCUGGAGACCACCUGAAAAGCACCCCAAAAUGACAAUGCGGGCAAACCUGGCAGAACAUAUGGAUCGAGUACAAUUCAUGACACUUCCAAGGACUUUUCAAGACGCAAUCAAGAUUACUCGCAUAUUAGGACACCGAUAUCUUUGGAUCGAUUCCCUUUGCAUCAUCCAGGAUAAUGAGGAGGACUGGGCGCGAGAGGCAUCGUUAAUGGCCAAAAUAUAUUCCAAAGCAUACUAUACUCUUGCAGCUCUUAGCUCAAGGGAUAGUAGCCAGGGGCUCAAUCUCGUACGGCCAAAGCUUCUGGUUGAUAUGGUUAUUUAUGACAACGAAAACAAGAAAUACCGGCUCCAAAUUGAGGAUAAAAUGAAGCCGGCGUGGGACUCAGAAUACAACGGCUCGUUUGAUGACAGCCCUCUCUGGUAUCGCGCUUGGGCGUUCCAGGAAAAGGAGUUAUCAACCAGAAUCAUAUACUUCGGAAAGCAACAAUUGCUAUGGGAGUGUUUAGCUGGAAAAGCCUCUAUCAAAAACUAUUCGAAAGUGCAGUAUCCAAAAUGGACAAGGCAAUGCCCUCGACAGUCCGCAUCCAACAAUGACUUGCAUGAGCUGUGGAUACUACUCGUCCUGGAUUAUGCAAAGCGGAACUCAACCAAAGACACUGACAAAUUACCUGCCUUCUCCAGUAUUGCACAAACAUACCAGCGCUUAGUUCUGGCGCAAAGUACGUUGCUAGAAUAUGGAGCACACAUUUACCAGAAGCUCUGCUCUGGAGUACGAAAGUAACAGGCCACAGGCGAGCAUCAGAAUACAUUGCGCCGAGUUGGUCUUGGGCAUCCGUCAUACUACCGAUCUGGUAUGAUUCGUGCUAUUUCGUCAGGAAUCUUAGAGUGCAGGAUAUGUGGGGAUUACCCAAGCAUGACAAUGCCUACGGAGCUAUUAUCGACGCU